GUUGAACUGGCGAAGAGCGUUCGGGAAACUGAAAAGAAAAUCUGUUGUCAAAACAGCACUUUUAGCCAUCUCAGUGAGUCACAAAUGCUAACCUAAGAGACAUCAUGUUUGAAGAAGCAGUUGCUCAUAUUUUCAGAGGAUUUACAGAUAUUGUAUCUGGUCUGCACAUGUCAGCAGUGCAUACACCAUCAUUUUUAGACAUUGCCAAGUACUUGCAUAUCUUCCUGGUUGGUCCUAUGACUGCAGUGAUUGCCUAUGAUCAAUUCUUUCCCAUCUUUGAAGGAGUAAAUCUUUAUUUAGUAAUAGCUAUUUGCACACCAAUUCUACUUGUCACUCCUGCAUUGUUAUUUGGUUUCUUUCGUUAUUUUGGUGGGCAUUGGUUACUUAAUUGGCAUAUGAAAAAGACUUCGAGAUAUUUAGAUUUUUGCAGAAUGCCAAGGGAGUAUAUAGCAUCACUGUUGCCUAAAGAUACUUGGAAAUGGCAAUAUAGACUGGUUGGAAGCUCUGCAGAUCAUGGAUUUGGAUUUUUCCCUUUGCUGAACUUAAAUUCUGGGAUACUCCCAUGGUCAAAUCCAAUAAUUGUGCAAGACGUGGAUGUGAAUGUGUUCUAUAAGCCAUUACAUAUCAGCAUGGACCAGUUAAUUCCCACAAUGCCAGGUUAUUGCCAAGUUGUCAUUGAUGGAUUUAUUGAAGAUGCAUUUUUGAAGGAUUGUAUUGUGAAAGGAGGAAAACAAUCUUUUCUUUCUGGAAGACUGGUUUCACAGAAAAUUGGAACAGAAUUUUUGGAUGGGAAUAUUGAAUUUAAUUAUCCAGCAAUAACAUUCAAAACAAUUUUGGAUGGCCCUCGGGGAAAGUUUAGGUUUGACUGUGAUGUUGUCUUUGCAGUCAAGAUCCAUGACUCUGCUGCAGUAUUUUACGAUUGGUGCUGGCGAGUGGAGGACACUUUCCCACUGCAGCUGCUUGACAGAAUCAGAACUGGGGGAUGCUAUGUGGUUCACAAGCAUUGUGCAGGGAAUCACUUAUGCCAUGACUUUGAUUGGCGAAUUACAUUUGCACAGGCUGAGUCUGAACUCUUUGAGUAUCAUUCUGACAAGGCAGCCUUGAAACUGUGUUAUGCAAUUAUCAAAUUUGCAGUAAAGCAAUUUAGCCAUGUAAAAAAGAGAAAUUACCCUGCUUUAAAAUCCUAUCAUUUGAAGACAGUUAUCUUGUGGAUUGCAGAGCAAAGUAAAAAACUUCCCUAUGAUAUGUUUACAAUUGACAAUAACAAAACAUUAGGAGGACUUUUACUCCAUAUCAUUUCAACAUACAGACAACAUAUUUUUCAAGGACAUUUAGAGCACUAUUUCAUGAAACAUAUCAAUAUAUUGGAGCCCUAUGGAGUUGAAGAGCGUACUGCAGCAAUGCAACUGUUAGAUGAGUUCAAAAUGAAGCCUCUGGCUAUAGUUUCCAAUUUUGACAAUUGCAACAUGAGCCGUUGGAAGUUUGAUCAGUUUUUUAUCAUCAGUCUCCUUGUUGUAGUGGCAUGCCUAUGGUUUAACUUUUACUACUCAAAUGUGGGAAUAAUAUUUGAGCCUGUAAGUGUUGUCAAACAAAUUUACCGGAUAUGUGGUGUCUUUGGCAUCAUAAUAAUUAUAAAAAUAAUUCUGGAUUGAUGUUUAU